ACAAUAUAGNNNAAAGUUUCCAAACUAAAAACGCAAACCAAAAUGCAUGAUUCGAUUCCAUUUUCCAGUUUCGGCUCGGUUUUGUGGAUCCCUACUGGAGACUAUAAAAUGGAAGUUACUCAACAACCACAAAUUGAGGACUAACAUAACGCGCACACACAGAGAUAGAGACAGAUAGACUGACACACCAGCAAUAUUCUCUGAGAUUCGACUACACUUGAUACUCUUUUUAUAGGAAAGAAGAAAGGGAAAAUGGCGGAGGGUUUAUCUCCAUAAGAAACGCACACGAAGGGUCUGACUCCGUUCAGUUUUGAUUUACGUAUGCUUAAGUAUAAAAACCUCUUUCUGAGACCGGGCUUAGCUGGCGUUUUGGGCUUGUAUCGGAGGAAAGACAUAUUUCCCUCCGGAUUGCCUUUGAAAGCUUCAUGCCUGCCUCCUUACUCGAAUACCUUUGGUCAAAUUGCAAUCAAGGGACUGCACUCGCGAGUACAAACAGGACAUAAAGGUUUAGCAGCUGAGUUUAUGGAGCCUAUGGAGAACAACAAUACGAUUGAAGAAAUACCGACAGAUUCAUACCUUCCAUCUUCAUAUGAUGCUGCAAUGGAGGCACUUUCGUCCCUCAUUUCUAGCAAAAGACGAGGAGAUGGGUCAGCAGUAAGUGAUAAGUACAGCAAAUUGGAGAGAAUGUCGAUGUAUGUUAAGAUUUUGGGCUUGGAAGAACAUAUUGCCGGGCUUAAAAUAAUUCAUGUUGCUGGGACUAAAGGAAAGGGUUCAACAUGCGCUUUUUGUGAGGCAAUUCUGAGGGAAUGUGGAUUCAGGACUGGACUAUUUACAUCACCACAUUUAAUUGAUGUGAGAGAAAGAUUUCGCCUAGAUGGGUUGGAUAUAUCUGAAGAAAAGUUUCUCCAUUAUUUUUGGGAAUGUUGGCAUCAGCUGAAGGAGAAUAUCACUGAUGAUUUGCCUAUGCCACCUCUUUUCCAGUUCCUCACUGUUAUGGCCUUUAAGAUUUUUGCAAGUGAAAAGGUUGAUGUUGCUAUAAUUGAAGUUGGUCUUGGUGGGACCAGAGAUUCAACGAAUGUGAUCAAGAACCCUGUAGUUUGUGGGGUUAGCCCACUGGGAAUGGAUCAUAUGGAAACAUUGGGAGAUACACUGGGCAAGAUUGCUUCUCAAAAAGCUGGAAUUUUUAAGCCUAAAGUCCCUGCCUUCACGGUACCACAAUUAUGUGAAGCUAUGGAUGUUCUUUGGGAGAAGGCCCAAAAUCUGAUGGUCCCUUUGGAAAUUGUUGCUGCUCUUGAUCGUAGAAAAUUAAAAGAAAAGAAACUAAGCUUGUCGGGCGACCACCAAUUGACCAAUGCUGGUCUUGCUGUUGCUCUUUGUAAAAGUUGGCUCCAAAGAACAGGAAAUUGGGAGAAGCUGUUCCAACAUGCUGACCUGGAAGAUAAUUUGCCCGAGGCAUUUCUAAGGGGUCUCACUACAGCACGUCUUUUAGGAAGGGCGCAGAUUGUUCACGACUCACACUCAAAAUCGUCAGAUUCAGAUGGAACAAUCGAAAAUAGUACUUCAGGAGAUUUGGUCUUUUACUUGGAUGGGGCCCACAGUCCCGAAAGCAUGGAGGCUUGUGCCGGGUGGUUUUCGAGUGCUGUUAAAGAAAACCAAAACCAGCCUUCAGCUGCUCACUUGAACAAAGUUUGGAGCAAUGGUCAUGUUCAACCGGGAAAGAAUGACUCGGUCAAAAUCUUCAAGAAUAUCCUCUUAUUCAACUGUAUGGAUGUGAGAGAUCCCCAAAUCCUUCUUCCAACACUUGUUGAUACGUGUGCUUUAUCGGGUACUUACUUCACAAAAGCUAUUUUUGUUCCGAGUAUCUCAACAUACAGCAAGGUCACCUCUGGUUCGUCAGCUGUUCCUAUGGAGAUCCCCUCCAAGGAUUUAACUUGGCAGUUUAAUCUUCAGAGAGUAUGGGAAGAAAUUAUUCAUGGAAAAGUUAGCAAGAGUUUUGAGAUGCAAAAACCGAACACUACUCUGCCACGAAGUUUCAGUCUCGAUGAUGAUAUAUCUAAUUGCAGUCCUGUGGAGGAUAUAAAUACUUGCAGUGCUGUAGUCUCUUCUCUGCCGAUGACUAUCAACUGGUUAAGGAAUUAUGCUAAGGAAAAUCCUGCCUACAGAAUCCAGGUUCUUGUUACGGGCUCGUUGCAUCUUGUUGGGGAUGUACUAAAGCUUCUUCGGAGAUGAUACAUUAUUGGAGUUCUUCAAAGAAAAUGGAUCUUCACGCGCUCUCUCUACUUCCUUCUGUUGUGCCAUUAUUAAAAGCAAGUUGCAUCUUCAUCCCGGUUAGACCCUUCAACUGUGGGAAUUGACUCGUAUACACUUUGUCUAUUUAUGUCGAUUUUGUUCAUCAAACUUGCAGUAAGUUUGUCAAAAAUUUAGACUUGAGCACGCUACAAAAGUUUAAUACCAGAAAGAACCAUGAGCGGGGAAAAAAAGAAAAGAAAAGAAGAAAAACGAGAAACCCUUUACUGAAACUAAGGGACUUUUCAUGUGUACUUUGGUCAAAAUGUCAAUAGCUUUCUACAAGUAAACGUCAUACCGUAUUUUUUUUUUUGUUUCUCUUUCAUUGAUUUUGUUCAAAUUCUUCGAUUUGUGUGUUUUUUCUCGAUUCGGGUNUUCCCUGCAAAAAAUGAAUGCCGUUUGUUGUCC